AUGAAGUCUACCCUAUUAGCGAUGGUGACUUUCAUUUGCGUAAAAUCGGGCGCUGCCGAUGAAACAAUAACUGAGGGCACCGAACUCGUAUUAACCUUCUUGAUCCAUAGGCAUGGAGACAGGACCCCACUUAAAUCCACGAUGGAAUUAAGUGACGAUCAAGACGCUUUAGAAGAACUUACACGCCCUUAUGGAUAUGGACAACUAACAAAUGUAGGAAAACGCCGAAGUUUUGAGAUGGGUAAAUUUAUCCGCCAUCGAUACAAUGACCUCAUAUCACCGCAUUACAACUCCUCCGAACUUUAUUUACGGUCUACGGACUCUACUCGUGCUAAAAUGACGGCAUUGAUAGCUAUGGCUGCUAUGUACCCCGCAAAGGGUCAAGAAUGGAUGGAGGAUAUAAACUGGGUGCCUGUACCUUACACAACUUUACCAGCGAAAUAUGAUUAUAACCUGGCCGUGAUAAACUGCCCCACGCUAUACAUGACCUUCAAGAAUGCAUCGAUUCCCCCCGAAAUGGAACAGCACCACGACUCAUUAGAACAGUUUGGACAAUAUGUGUCUGCUCUGAAGCGAGAUCCAUACCUAACGUACACAACAUAUGAUUUAUAUUACAGUCAGAUAAGCUUAGGUCUUCCCUUAAAACCCAAUUUACAAGAGGCUAUAUCAAAAAUAAAAGCAGCAGCAGGAGAAGCUAUUGAUGUGUUACUAGGAAAGGAUAACUUUGUUGCUUUGGGAGCUGGUCCAUUCCUCAAGGAAUUUUUUCGAUCAGACCUCAAUUGUCUUAGCUGGAAAUGA